AUGUCCAAGAAAAGCGAUAUGACUAGGCAGAGCAUUCUCGUGUAUCAAGCUGAUCCAACCGAAUGUCCGUUUCGAGAGUUCAGGGAUAACGAAAUAUCUCCAGAUUCCUGGGGAAUGGGUCCAGCUGCUUUCCGGGCAAGUCAUUUUCUUAGCAAAACAUCUGGAAAAUCAACGGUUGAUAUGUUAUGGGUCGAUGAUCAGACUCAACCAUUACCAAAGUCAGCGAGACAGUACCUACACGGCUGGACCAGGGCUGAAGAUCUGGCUAGUCGACGCUGGGAUGCUGAAGUGGUUAUAUUUGAGGAAAAUGGUGGUAAGAUGUCAGUCAUGGAUAUGCAGUUAAGUCAUGCACAAGUACUACUAAGAUCUUCGUUCUGCAGACGUGUCCUGGGCAUAUGCUACAUGCUUGAACGAGUUGAUGGUUUGAUUGUAGAACAUCAAUGGGAGAAUUUUAUAUUCAACAUGGGCCCUGAAGGUUGGAUGUCACGGUGUCACAUCUAUUCGCCAGGUAUCAAACCUGGAGGCGGCCUGCAGCAUCGACCGUCUUUAUCAAAAAAUGGUUGUUAUCUCGUUCGUCUCUUCUACCUUGGAGCAUGGCGAUGCGUUUGGGUCAGCGACCAAGUUCCAGUCGACGCUACAGACUCUCCGCUCCUGCCUUUUUCUCCACUUCUAAGCGUUAUACCUGCUAAGCCAGGGGUGAAGCAAUCAGCGACAGUGACUUCAAAUGUCGUUCAUCUCUGGCCAUUAUUGCUUUGUAAGGCGCUGUUAAAACUGGCUGCGCCUGACAUGAAUUCUGAUGAUACCGACUGUGAAGAUGAAUUGUUGCUAGAUUUCGAUAUACUUCACACCUUAACGGGUGCGAUGGACUUGACUUAUAAAAUUGCGGAUCCUGAAAAAAUAUGGGACAUUUUAAUAUCAGAGGUACCAGUUUUCACGUGGGACGAUGACGAUGACACUCUCACGAGCACAGUCAAGUCCAAAAACACGAAGAAACCUAUUACCAAGGAAAUGACAGUUGUUAGGCGUAGUUCAAUGACAUCAGUUGUAAUCGAGGAUACAAAGGAUCUUCCACCUUAUUCACUUCCGGGGAUAAGUCCAGGUCAUGAAAUGAAUCUUCUCGUAAUGAUGGUCAGGGAUUUACCGCUAAAGAAACCGCUACCAGAACCCGAUAUACCUUUAUGGAAGACAUACCGUUGGAUCGACUGGGCUCGCAAACAUGGUCUGUAUGAGGCUUACGAUUGUCCAAGAACAAGAUUCGUAAAAGUAAAUGGACUUUUGAAACUCUCCUACGCACCUCACUUGUUAGAUAUUCAGAGUACAGAAUCGAUUACCCGUCAGUUCAGAGAAGAGCAUGACAAAUCCAAUCCACCGAAUAAAAAAGCAGCAAAGGAUGUAAACAGAUCGACAACUGCAAAUUCAAUGGUAACCCAGCAAACGAAAGACGAUCUACGUGAAUGGAUCCAAUAUAAUUCGAUCCAUAAAUUUAUUAAAUAUAUCAAUGUUCUGUAUUUCCCUUCUAUGUAUUCUUUUACUUCAGUAGCCAGUAGCCCACCUAUGAGGGUAACUAAGGCAGCACCAAAUAAGGCUUUGGAUAUACUAGCACCAAAAUUUGCACCUCUUUACCUUCAAAUAGACGGACCUGACGAGAAUAUCCUUAGAAUUACACUAAACAUGCUCCAUCCAAGAAUUCUACUAAACUGCGGUGUACCAAUCAUAGAUUAUAUUGAACCAGCUUAUCUAGUAUUACAAGUUUUUGAAUGGUUCGUCGACUGUGAUCUACCAAAAGCAAAGGCUUUUAUUGAAACUAGGGGAUACGAAUCUGUUGAAAUAACACUACCGCCUGGAAGACAUUAUUGCAGGAUAUGGGUACACUCUCGUUUAAGCUGGCACGCAAUGCUUCUAAGUGAAUCGUCACUAUUACUUGGUAGACGUGACAUAAUCCAAUGUGCUGCUGUAAAAGAAUGCCCUUGGGCAGCGCGUUUCCUAUCAAAUCUUGGAUCAGUUUUUUCUAAUUGGAUACGAAUAAGCAGAUCAACGAUGAAUAUGUCAGGAAAUGAUAGAGAAUUUUAUAGAUCGUAUCAACCAGACUUGGAAUGGAUUUCGGAAAUUGUUGGUUACGAUAAAUCUUUAUUGCACUGGAUGUUUAGACAAGCAUUACAAUCUUUGUUGAUUAAGAAGCUCCUUCCUGUUGAAUUUAGAGCAGUGUGUACAGUUUUGAGAAAAUACUUUUGUGAUCCCGACUUUGGAAUGCAAAAAAAACCUUUACCUCCAAAAUCUUUGGCGGAUAUUGAUCGAUUAGAUCCAUGUGAUUGUGUUUUGCCUGAAACUGAAGAAGUUGAAAUAUUAAACGAUCAAAUGUUGGAAGAGCAAGACGAGCAAGAAAAAUCUCUUGUAGGUCAAGAAAUAAUGGAUCAACUAUUAACAGUACCAGAACCUCCAAUCGCCUCAAAAGUCUGUGAACUGGCGACAGAAGAACUACCCUGUGGACUGUUAAAAGCGGAAAGAUUAAAAAUAAUUAGGAAACAUGAAGCGGCCACAAUCAUCCAAGCUCAUUGGAGAGGAACUUGGGCUAGGAAGACUUUAACUGAACAAGUUGCAAUCACACCAGACGUUUCUAAAGCAAUAAUGGAAAAUGCAUUUGGUAAUUUAGAAGCCUUAUCAGCGUUGAUGAAUGAAUUCUUUGCAAUGUAUCCUGGGACAAAAAGCGCUUAUUCGGUCGCUUCAGCUCUCAGUGGUGUUUAUGGACUGAACCAAUACAAUGGAACAUCACCAAUAACUCCGAAAUGCAUGUGGAUUCCAUAUUUUCAAGAAGUUUUCACCUGUCACGCUCCUGUCAAAGUGCAUUUAGAUGUUAAUAGUACACUUCAGCAUAGUAUAUUAGCCGUGUAUAAUAAUGACACUGGAGAACAGAUGCCGCAAGCGUAUAAUGAACAUAUAACUUUUUAUUUUGAUCCAAAUGAAUACGGUUACACUGUAAUGGGACACGGUUCAUUGAGUCAAUCUGCGGGAGUCCAUUCAGAAGUUCAUUGGCAGCUAACUAUUCUUUCAUCUAUAUCUAACGUGUUUCACGUUUGCGACAACGACUCUGAUUUUUGCAAGGAAUUAUCCUUAUCUUCAGCAACCAAAUUGCACAUUGACGAGAUUUUUAUACCCAAUAGAAGAAACAUUCUUGGUGGAGUACAUAUACUAGUAACGAAACACGAGGCAGUCAGCUUUAGAGCUGCCGCAACAUCUCCUGAUUUGGAAAUGGAAGCUAUUCUACGGACGGUAUCAUUAGACGGUCAAGUUGAAGAAUUGGGUAGAUGUUCGGGAACUGGUGAAUUGCACUGGCCUUAUAUCAGAUUGGAACCUACUCUUUCAACUAGCAAUUUAUCGGCAAGAAAACGUUCCGUGUCACAUCCGAAUUUGGCAACGGGAACUCGAGAAUCAGCGUAUUCCAGCGCUCGUUCAUUGAAGGUUCCAAAGCAAAAGCAAACUGGUGGCAAGAAUAAAUCCACAACUAAGAUUAAAGACGCGAAAGCUCUAAUAGAACCAAAACAAUACUAUAUUGAAGUUGUAGCACCAAAUGGAUGGCCUCUCACAUUGGCUCAGUGGAAGAGAGUCGAUGAGAUAAGAAAUUCUCAGGAAUUUAAUAAAGUAGAAGCUCCUGCUAAGAAACAAAUGCCGAAAGAGAAAAGUGGAUCUGCAAAAGAAAAAGAAAAGAUAAUUUCUAUACCAGCCAAUCAGCCUCAGUUGGGUGAUGCUUAUGUGGAACUGGAAUGUACUCUGGCUGUGGGAGGAGCUGUAGCUAUGCGAGACGAUCUUAGAGAUCUUCAGUUUGCAGCGGCAAGAAAAGCUUGGGACGCUCAUGAACAUGGGAGAAAUUUAAAGGGUGCACAAAUUAGGAAAGACUUCAGAGCGGAAUUCCUGGAGGCCCUUCCACCACCGCCUUCGGAAAGCUCUCAAACUGUUCCAGAGGCUAGUGUAUUUAAAGAGGAGCCGUCUAUAGCACAACAAGGACCGACCCCAGCUUCCGAGAGCGGUCUUAUAGAAAUGUCCAUUGAAAGUGAAGAAGAGGCAAGAUAUCUGACAAUGCCUGAACAAUUAAAAGACAAAUUCAUACCGCUAUACUUUGUACCUUUUUGUACAAAAGAGAUCGAUGAGACUCGAAGCAUACUUAUAACUCCUGAAAUGAUGGAAGAUUCCAAGAAGAAUCGUCAUGCUAAUAUCAAAGCAGCAUUAGAACGCAUGCGUGAACUACAAAUAUACAACGAAGAACACGUUCUUGGACGCCAGAAGAAAAGAUGUCGUCUUCUUGAGAAACUAUUUGUUGAUUCACAAUGGAAUCCGGCCCUUAAUGAAGUUUUAGAGGAACGAGAUGACGCGAUUGCUCGUGAAGCGCUCAAUCGAACGCUUUCGGCAACGAAAAAAAAACAAGAAGGAAAGAAAAAAUAA